AUGGCAGAACCAAAGCCAGCCCUCACAUCUUCUCCAGAAUCACCACUACCCCCAAUAUCUGCAAUAGACGACGACGUCGCUCAAAUCCCCUCCUGGCGAAAAUGGGUCAUCCUCUUCGUAGUAUGCUGGAUGCCCCUCCCCAUGACAUUCUGGAGCACGGCCAUAAUGCCCGCGACCAUCGAAGUAGCAUCCGACCUCAACAUACCCGUAACAACCAUAACGACCAUCAACGCUGGUGUUUUUGUAGCGCAGGCGUUAUCGGGGCUGAUAUGGCUACCUGUUAGUACGAUUAUUGGACGCAGGUCUGCGUACCUUGCUGCGAAUGCGGUGCUGUGCGUUUGUGCGAUUGGAUGUGCGACUGUACCGAAUUUAGCUGGUUUUGCGGCGCUUUGGAUUUUGGGAGGGAAUACGGGGCCGUUCUUUUUGGUGGCUGGGCAAACUAUUCUGGCGGACAUUUUUGAUCCUACUUCUCGAGGGACUGCUGUUGGGUUCUUUCUGGGGAGUUGCGUAUCCUUCAAUUCAAUCGCACCUCUUCUCGGCAGUAUCAUCGCGACAUUCACCAGCUGGCGAGUUAUAUAUGGCGUUGAAGCUGGAAUGUGUCUCUUUGGUCUCAUUCUCUCUUUGUUAUUCAUCCCGAAAGCGAGUGAAGUUGAGAAUCCCAAGUUGGCUGAGACGACACGACCCCGAACAGCUAAGGAAAUUCUUCGGACCUUCAAUCCGAUGCACGUAUUCUGCCAAUUCAAAUAUCCCAAGGUCAUCCUCGCUAACAUCGCCUGUGGUCUCCUCGGCUUCAACCAAUACGCCAUCCUCUCCUCCAUCCGCCGCGUCAUAAACCCUCGCUUCACCCUCACAUCCCCUCUCUCCAGUGGUCUCUUCUACCUGGCUCCUGGCGCUGGAUUUCUCGUUGGAAGUACUGUCGGCGGUAAAGUCUCCGAUGUAGUCGUCAAGCGAUAUAUGCGGAAGCGGAACGGGCAGAGAAUCCCUGAAGAUCGCUUGAACAGCAGUCUAGUCAGUGUUCUCAUUAUUCUUCCUCUUGGAACACUGCUUUAUGGGUGGAGUGUCUAUCAUAGACUGGGUGGUAUGGCGUUGCCGAUUAUCAGCGCGUUUAUUGAAGGUUUUGGACUCAUGGCGUCGUUUAGUGGGCUGAAUACAUACGCAGCUGAGGUUCGACCAGCACAUAGAACAGCAGUCAUAACAGGAAAAUACGUUGUACAGUAUAGUUUCGGCGCAAUGAGCGUUGGCGGCGUUGUCCCAAUGAUUGACAGCAUCGGCGUAGGCUGGGCCUUCACCGUUAUCACCGGCUUCUCAAUGCUCGCAGGUGUCUUGGUCCUCCUCAUCGCGCGGUUCAGCAAAAAUUGGAAGGCAUAG